AUGUCAAUCAUUAUCUUUGUCUACCGCCAUGCAGUGUCAACGGAGCCUCUGCUCUCCUGCCUAAAUGUGCCUCGUUCGUCAGUAGUUGAUGUCAGUAUUGCCACUGCUGCCUUUCUGCCACUGAACUGCAUAUGUCUCGUCAUGUCUGUGCUUCUGUUCCAAACACACCAACGCAAGAUUAUUUUAUCCAGAUUUGACGUCUCCAGACAUUUCAAAGCUACUAUGAAUCGAGGUGCGUUAUGGUUUAUGCGACUGACGACCAUCACUCAAGCAGCAAUUAUUGUUCUCUAUCCGAUUCUGAUACUCACAGUCAGAUUCACUGCCUAUCGAACGCCGAGAAUUUUAAACAAGACUCUUGCAACCCUUGUUUACAUUUUCAACUGGUACUGCGUUUUGGUCCCGGUUGUAAUGAUCUACGCGGUCAAGCAGACGCGAACGGAACGACGACGAAAAAUCGACUCGGUCAUGGAAAAGCAAGUCUUUGGCGAAGAGGGAUCUGAGUACUACUUCGCUCUCCUGAGGGAUCAAUGGCAACAAGGACCGGAUGGGAAAUCAUAG